AUGCAGAGGUACGCCUGCGAUGGACAUUCUCGUAUCUUGGGUGAUUUCGACGGAGAUUUGAGUACCGCUACGAACCUUUGCACGGCCGGUGAACUGGCCAAGUUGAAGCUUGCACAACGUGCUACCAUUAGACUCGUUAUUGGACUACGUGGGACCAGCUAUGAAGGUCGUCUACAGGCUACUGCAAAUGUGAUGGAGGAGAAGACCGACGCUGCCUUCAAAUGGCGUUUGGAUGAGCAGCUUAAGGGGUUAUGGAGGAACAAACACAUGUGCCUCGAGCUUGGACCCAGCAGUGAUGGGGCUCACACGGGUAUCCUGUCCUCUGCCCUCAAUACUAAGGACUGA